GGCACCUCGGCGCUGAGAGCCGUCGCGAUCUGUGACGUCAGGAGAGCGCCUCACGUCUGCCCCCGGAACUUCCAGCUCCGGAAAGGGAGCGUCGGGGACCGGGUGCAGAGAUCCUUAUUCCCCGGCUUCUGCCUGGCUCGGCCUGGGUGCUGGAGUUUCGUAGUACUGACCCUGGUUCCUUCGCCGUGAUCUCGCUCCCGGCGCCACCGACUGGACCCCGGGAUGCCGGGCGUCUCCGCCCGGGGCCUGUCUCACGAGGAGAGGAGGCGGCUGGCUGUGAACCUCACCCGAGUUCUGGCUCUCUACCGUUCCAUCCUGGACGCCUACAUCAUCGAAUUUUUUACGGACAACUUGUGGGGCACACUCCCCUGCUCAUGGCAGGAAGCACUGGAUGGACUGAACCCACCACAGCUGGCCACACUGCUGCUGGGAAUGCCUGGGGAAGGGGAAGUAGUCAGGUACAGGUCGGUGUGGCCACUCGCCCUGCUGGCCCUGAAGUCCACAGCCUCUGCUCUGGCCUUUACCCGGAAGCCUGGGUUCCGGACCCCUUCAGAGUUCCAGGAAAACCCCAGCCAGAGCUCCCGCCUGACAGCUCCAUUCCGGAAACAUGUCAGGCCCAAGAAACAGCAUGAAAUUCGGAGGCUAGGAGAGUUGGUGAAGAAACUGAGUGAGCUCACAGGCUGCACCCAAAUUGUGGAUGUAGGCUCAGGCCAGGGCCAUCUCUCCCGCUUCAUGUCCCUGGGGCUGGGGCUGAUGGUGAAGAGUAUCGAAGGGGAUCAGAGACUGGUGGAGAGAGCCCAGCAUUUGGACCGGGAGCUCUUGCAGGCUCUGGAGAAAGAAGAGAAGAGGAACCCACAGGUGGUCCAAACUGGCCCUCGCCUCUCUCCAUACCAUGUGGUUAGGUGGGUAGACCCUACCACCCUGUGUGAGGAGCUCCUGCUUCCACUGGAGAACCCACCUCCGAGUGGGGUGCGCUUGCUGCUGACAGGCCUCCAUGCCUGUGGGGAUCUGAGUGUUGCCUUGUUGAGGCACUUCUCCUGUUGCCCGGAGGUGGUGGCCCUGGCCUCAGUGGGCUGCUGCUACAUGAAGCUGAGUGACCCUGGAGGCUACCCACUGAGUCAGUGGGUGGCAAAGCUACCAGGCAAUGAAUUGCCCUACAGGCUUCGGGAGGGGGCUUGCCACGCCCUGGAGGAAUAUGCUGAGCGGCUGCAGAAAGCAGGCCCUGGCCUCCGAACCCACUGCUACCGGGCAGCGCUGGAGACAGUCAUCCGACACGCCCAGCCUGAGCUUCAGCGGCCAGGGGUGCAGGGGAUCCCCAGAGUCCACGAGCUCAAGAUUGAAGAAUACGUGCAGCGGGGGCUACAGCGAGUGGGACUGGACCCACAGUUGCCACUGAACCUGGCUGCCCUUCAGGCCCAUCAGGCCCAGGAGAACCGUGUAGUGGCCUUCUUCAGCCUGGCCCUUCUGCUGGCCCCACUGGUGGAGACGCUCAUUCUACUGGACCGACUGCUCUACCUUCAGGAACAGGGCUUCCAUGCUGAGCUCCUGCCCAUCUUCAGCCCUGAACUUUCUCCCAGAAACCUGGUUCUGGUGGCCACCAAGAGGCCUUUGGGCCAGGCCUUCUCUGUGCUGGAGACUGAGGACAGCUGACUUAGCCUGAGGAAAGCACGUCUCGGACUCCCAUCUGCAGUCACCCCAGCGCCACAGUGGGUGGUAGUCUGCAGAGCCUCACCCAGAGAACCAGGUUCCUGCAUCCUCCCUGGAAUUAUGGUUUUAUAAUUCAGCUACAUACCCUGUCCCUCCCUUCCUGUGUUAUGUCAUGUGUAAAAAUGUAUUUUUUAACUUAUUAAACUGUAAUCUUCAUUAUAGUUGCAUACCCUCUCUCACAUCCUGCAGAUGUGCUACAAUUGGGUCUCACACCCCGAGCCCCCACUCUCCUCGACGCAUCGUCUCAUACACAGGUUUCCAUGGAGAAACCCUGUCUUUCCCUUUGGCUUCCAGCCAAGUCUUCAAGCCCUGCCCCCUGCGAGGGCUGCCUUGAGGCUAGAGAACUUCCAUCUGGGUUGUCAUGACAUCAGGACAGAUGCUGCCUCUCUUUAGUCCCUGAAACCAAUGCAUCCUAGUUAGGGGUGUCAGUCCACUAGAAGAUAGCAACGGUACACAGAGGACAAUGCAAGCCUCUUUAUUGGUAUCUGAAGAAGACGAGCCCAGCUAAGGCAAGACAAGGAGGAGAGAAGCUGCCCUUCAGACUCCUCAAUACCAAUAGACCUUCUUGUGUCUCCGGGUCUCCUGGAUCCCCAUGGCCUCCAUCACCUCUUCCUCCAGGGUCUUUAGAGAGGGCACGUAGGUUCUUUCUAGAGCAUCUUCCACUGACGUAUCUUUGGGGCCAUCUAUUGAGCCAGAGGAAAGAAGAUGGGUAUGAGAGCUGCUUAACACCCCUUAUUCCCAACUCCGACCACCCUCACCCCAACUUUGUGCCCUUCACCCGAUCUCACCAAUCCAUGUUUCAGGGAUGAUACCAUCAUCUCUGGGAAAUUCAGGUUUGGGAAUAAUUCUUCCUGAUCUUGUGGAGACUCGUACCCGCUCUCCUGCUUCAGUGAAUCUCCACUCUACCUCAGUGGGUUUCCUAGAAGACAGAAGAGGUGAGUCCAGCUGGGGAACCAUCUUCCCACUACCCUCCAACCUAAGUCAAUUGCUAAAAACACUAAGAUCACCAUCUUGUUUGUCUGAGACCUCUAUAAGAGUCAUGUCCAUGAGACCCCCCAUCUCAAUUUCCAGGGCAUCUAACCCACCAUUCCACUGAAUAAAUGUGGGCCACACCUGCAUGGACUCAGAGGUAGGAAAAGCGCCGCAUAUGCUUACUUGUCCACAGGAUCCACGAGUUUGACCUGGUGGUGGAGCAAGGGUGCUUCACUCUGGACCAUGGUUCCCCGUGUAUCCUUGGUCUUGCCGAUGUAACGGUAAUGCUGUCCAAGAGGGGGGAUGGCAGAAAGUAAGAUGUGUGAAAGCAUUCAGUUCAGAGCAUUUAGCUCAAGUUGAAAAGUAGAAGGUUCAGCUGUAUCAGUAGCCUUAGCCAUUUCCUGCCACUUGAGCUACUCUGGGUGGAGCUGGACAAACGGGACAGGCACCUCUGAGCACACUCAUCAUCACUCUUCACUUACCGUAUUCAGCCCUUCAAGGACCACCCAGUUUCGCUGCCGAAUAACUUGAACCACUUUGCCUUGCUUCCCGGCAUCCUUGCCUUCUAGGAUCUCUACCUGUGGAAGACACGAGGGUCAGAAGGGGCAAUCCUUGAACAGAAGCCUCCCACCACUCUCCCCUGUCUUAGGCUCUCACCCUGUCCCCACAGAACAGAUGCCAGUCUUCAUCAGAGAUGGGUUCCACAGCCACCCGUCGUCGCCUGAGCCCUGGAGGGUUCCUCCUCUUGUCUGCCAGGGAACCUGGGCGGUUCAUCCCAUAGCGGUAGUUGGGGGGCAGAGUGACCUUGGAUGCCAAGGCUAGCAAGGCAGAGAGUCGCAUGGCUGGAGGCUGAGAAAUUCCCUGGUAAAAAUGAAUU